ACUGCUGGUUUGUUAAAGAAAAGAGAGAUUUAAAUAGGAAAUAUUACCUUCCAUGCUUUUGGGAGGACUGAGAUCUUGUGGAUCUUGAAGUUUGGCAGACAUCUCUGCAGACUGUCUGCUAAUAGUUCCGCUUUGGCGUAAUGUGGGCAAUCUGUUUUGCCUGAAGAGGAAAGAAGUGUACAUAUAGCAACACAUGUUUUAUAUUAUACAUUAACAUGCUUAAAGAUAAUGAGUUUACCAGCGAGAACAAAUUGGGCCAUUGUAUCCCGGAUGGCGUCGGUUGCUAGGAAACGUGGGUGUAGCGCUUAUUUGAGUCCGUGUAGGAAGCACCACAAACAAAAAUUAAACCGGGACCUAUAACUGUGAUAAAUGUGAGGCCUAUAAUUUAAAGAUCGACAGAGCUUGUUGUUAUAAAGCGUGUUAAAUAUUGCACAUUUUACAUUUACAAUGAACAGUGUUAAUUAUGCUUUGACAGUGCGCGCAGUUGACAGGGGGACUAAAUAUGGCGGUGCACACAGCACGGAGCAGCGCAUGGGACUGCUAGCAAGCAUUAACCAUUUGUAAUGUAAUGUAGCUCUGUGUUAAACAUAUUUAAAGUCAAAUAUAUCAUGGAAUAGCAAGUGCCAUGUGUUUCUUUGUCACAGUUACUUGUAUGCUGGAGUAAUAAGGGGCAGUGCGUAAAUUAAGGACGCAAGGACUCUUCUAUCUCGUCCCUUAAAUCAUUACAGUACAAUGUCUGCCUGGGGGGCAAAAGAGGUCGCGAGAUGGGGAUGCCUCUGCAGCCGCAGAUCUCUAUGGCAACAGAGCAAACUAAUGGGGGAGACAUCAACCAAAUACACAUCUUUCCCCACUCAGCAGUUAGCACACAUAUGGACCACAAGGCACCGCCAGACAUGCCUGGAAAGCAGCCUUGUGAGCUCAGUGAGGUUUUACUCAAAGGGGACGAUUCCCAGUGAGGUCCUGGAAGAGAAGGAGCCUCUUUCCUCUGCCCUGUUAGUGUCUUCGCUGCCCGAUGACGACCAAUCUGAAGAGACGACCUCAAAGGAGAUACAGAGGGCUUCGCCUUUAAUGGACCGCCUGAAGCGCUGUGGUUCCCCAUCAGAUGUGUUGGAGCUCACAUCCCAAUACCCACCCACAUAUAAGCAGAUCAGCUCGUGCCUGACCCAUCUGUGCUUCUGUAGUAAGAAGAUGUCGAAUGAUAACCGGCGCUAUGAGCUGCAGCUGAUGUUUGAGCAUCCUGGCUUUGACAUACUGCUGCAAAAUGCCAUGAAGAAUGUGGGGCAAAUGAGAAAUGAAGAUGUGACUUAUUCUGUCCUGAGUAUGGUCAAUCUUGGGGUUCCUCAGGGCAGCCGUGUGAUCCAGACAUUUCUCCGAACAUGCCAGGAAAAUCUGAAUAACUUUGAUGAGAAGAACUUGUCCAUCUUGGCCUCCUGUCUGCAAAAUAUGGAGCAGAGCAACAACACUGACGCACUGAAGGAGGGCUUGAGGAUGGUGGUUGAGGCCCGUCUUCCGGGGAUCAAGAACGUAAUGGCUCUACAGACCACGAUGCGUAUGUUGGGCAAAGACACCCCACUGGGCCUCAAACGGAAACUAGAGGCAAAGGCCCUAUCAAUGUCCGACCAGUUUAGCCUUCCCAACUCCCAGCACAUGAUUACCACUAUGGCAACGAUGGAGUUCUCCUCCAAGCCACUGCUGGACAUCUGCAGUAAGAAAAUUCAAGAAAACCUCAAUGGGAUCCCCUUUAACUUACUGUUUAAAGCCAUGCAGUCGUACAGGGAGCUGCACUACAGAGACGUAGAGCUGUUCACUCGCAUUUCAGAACACUGCGCCUCUAUGAUCGACAUUUGGAGCAAGAAACAGGUGGCCCUCUUCCUGUCCGUGUAUGAGAGGCUCGCCUUCUGUCCCGACGCACUAAUGGAGGCUUUCGCUGGAAAAGUGAUUGAAAACCCUAAAGCUCUGACACUGAAAGACCUGCUCUGUGUCGUCAAGGUGUACUCCACUCUCAACUACGAUCUGCAGCACAGACAACAGCAGUUCCUCGACAGUCUGACCCCGGCUCUGGUCUCCUAUCUGCCCGAGAUGUCCAGCUUUGAGUUGUUAAAGGCUGUCUACCAUCUUUGUCUACUGGGCCACUUCCCCCCUGUACUCCUGGAGCAUCUCCUGCAGAGCAGCACACUGGAGAAGUUUAAAUCAACACUUCCCAGGUUCCUCGGCAACCAGGAGAGGAUGUUCCAGACGGUGAAAAUGUGCCUCCAUCUAGAGCGUCCUCUGCUCCCUCGGCCCCUGGCGGUGCCCCCUUCUCUCCUGGGAGCCUCCGUCCUCGGCGGUCGAGCAGUGAUCCCAGGACUCUCUCAGUGCCUGGAGAGUGUAAUUGAGGCAGACAUGACGCUGCAGGAGAGGGUGCUGCUGGAGGGCUUCUACCUCAUAGAUGGUGUGAUAGCCAAACCUCUGCCAAGCCAUCUGUCUGAGACUGAAAGCAGUGGUGCAGAGAGCAGUCGGAGGAUUGCAGUCGUUUGCCUACUAUCCUCUAGUUUCUGCUACGGGACGUCCAAACCCCGCGGCAUUCUGGCUCUCAAGAUUCGCCACCUGAAGACCCUCGGAUAUGACCCUGUCUUGGUAACGGAGCAGGAGCUGCAGUCGAUGCCUGAGGAAAAGAGAACAGAUUUCCUCAAGGAUCGGAUUUUCCCAGAACUCAGAUCAGAGACACAACCUGAAGCGGAGCAACUGGACAAAAACACGAAUCAGGAGUCACAAACUGUCCAAUCAACCUGAACACACAGAUUUUGGUUUGCGGCUCAAAGCUUUGUAUAGAAUACGGAAAAUAAAAUGUUAUAAAUGUG